AUAGCUCGUGAUUGGCUGUCUGAAAAAAGCGGCUGACUGUGCCGUGUGAUCUGUCCAAUUUCGAUGUGAUUUCUUUUGAGGGAAAAUGGUUAAAUAAAAUAAAUAGCUGCACCAAAAUUAACAACCACCUCGUUAAUUCUUUAACAUGCUGUCGAGGCUUCUUAGUCAGGUUCUGUUAACAUUAGUGCAUUUGGUUGUGAAUAUACUUGUUGCUGUUCAAAAUGUUUAUUCCCGAAUUCGGAAUAAAAAGUGCACAUUACAUCAAGAUGAGGUGACUAAAAGUGAUAUCAAAGUUAUACUAGAAAAUGUACCAAGAGUUACUAAGAAAUUAAAACACUUGGUGAUUUUGACGGACACUGAUCACCACUCACUGAGUGAUUUAUCUCGUAUGGUUAUAUGGAGCCUCGUAGCCGGGAUUUCAUACGUUAGCUUCUACGAUUUAACUGGGAGACUGAAGGAAAAUGAAGAAAAGCUAUUUCUUGAAGUUGAACGCAACAAGAAGGGUGUGCCAGGCUGCAUAAAAUGGUACAACAAGCCAGACUUGAAUGGCUACACAAAUGGAAUGCAAGCACACACUGUGUACAUAAAUAUAUUUACUAGUGAAGAUGGGAGGCCGACAAUUGCCCAGUGUAUACGUAGGAUAGCUGAGGACAAAGUAGUAUGUAGUAGAGAAUCUAGUGAAUAUACAGCACAAGAGUUGGAUAGUGCUCUUAUGCUCAUGUACCCUUCCAUUCCUGACCCAGACCUAGUGUUAUACACCGGCCCAAGAUGUUGUACUCAUGGGUUAUUGCCUUGGCAAAUACGACUCACUGAGUUCAUACAACUUUCAGUCAACCAUAGUGUAAAUAUUAACAAUUAUGUAGGUGCUUUGUAUAGGUACAAUAAAUGUGAUCAAAGAUUUGGUAAGUGAGGUUGAGAUAAGUCUUUAAACAUAGGCCUAAGUGUAAAGUUCAUUAUAAUGCUGCUGGUGUUUAGAACAAGCAAUGCUUCAGCUAAAAUUCAUGACAGUUUGUUAUAAUGGGUAAAUAGGCAAACUUCCUUGAAAUCAAUCAAUAUGGUCCUAAUCAAGUAAUUUUUACAAACAUUGACAGUUCAUCAGGAUCUAUCAAAACAUGGAAUAGUUCUAACUAAUGUUUAAAUACCAAUAUGUAGUUUUGAUGUGACUUAUUUACUGUCUAAGGUCAGCAGCUAAUUCUACUUAGCACAGAUAUGAAUAUUGGCAUUGUCUAUUUACCCACUUAAUUACCUGUCUCUUGGAUAAAAUACUUAUUCUAAAUGACCAUACUGACAAUAUCUUUUGGUUUUACUAUCAUGUGUAUGUGUAUAUAGGGUGCUUUAUUUAAGUUUAAAAAUAUAGACCAUCAAAGAGUAGAUAAUUAUGUCCAAGGCCUAUGACUACUUGAAAUGGAAAUGAAAUAAUUGGUGUUACAGCUAUUAUCUUGAACUGUAUUAAUAAUUUAAUUUUAUCCAGUUUUCAUACAAAACUGAAGCAAUAAGCAACCUUUAUAGAUAUUUGUUGAAUAUUAACUUAUUUUUAAUGAUUAAAGUAUAAAAGUAUAUAAAAUUGAUCAA